UUCCUCUUCUUCUCCUGGUCCUUUCCCUUCCGCAGCAAGCUCAUUCUUGGCGAGGGGGAGAAGAAAACAGUUAGAUCUACACUUCGAUCCAUCAGGAGCACGUAUAUGCAGCAUAAACUUCAGGUGAUCAAGGCCAAAAUGGGUUCAGCUGAUGAGUUCACCCCACUGUCUCAGUUAACCUUAGGAAUGAACAAAUGUAGAGUCCGUGUGCGCAUCUCGCGGCUGUGGGAGUCCUUCAAUCCAAAAAAUGACAUAUCAUUCAGCCUUGACAGCCUUCUGAUCGAUGAUCAGGGUGAAACUAUGCAGGCGCGUGUGCUUCCCGAUGAUAUUGAGCAAUUUGAAGAUCAGCUAGUUGAAGGGAUGGUAUAUGCCUUGUCGAAUUUUACAAUUGAGGAUACAAGGGAAAGCUACAUGACCUGUAGCAAUGAGUUGACUAUGUACUUUGGAGGGCAGACGGUUGUCAAUAAGAUAGAAGAUACUGAUUUGAUACCCCUCUACAGCUUUGAGUUCAUUAACUUUAAGGACCUCCGUUCUAGGUGUGACGACGUUAGCGUAUUGACAGAUGUUUUGGGCCACAUAGUAUAUGUUGGGGAGCUAGAGGAGGUCUGGAAAAAAUCCCGUCUUAUAAAGAUUUGCAAUGCAAGAAUUCAGAACUUGAGAGGAAGGGAAUUGAGUAUCACGUUGUAUGGAGAUACUGCUUGCGCUUUUGCUGAGGAUAUGCACGAGAAAGGCCAAGAAGCCUCAGUUGUUGCUGUCUUAGCAGGGAUGCGCGUUGAAUCCUCACAUUCAGUUUGCUCUACAACGUGUUCAGAUUACUAUCUAGAUUUGGAAAUACCAGAGGUGCAAGAAUUCUGUGCAAAUUUGCGCAUUCAGCAGGAAAACCCAGUUCCGAAAAAAAGUCCAGCUCAGAAGUUAGCCGAGAGUUGGCGAACAAUUGAACAGCUAAAAAGCCUCGAUCCAGAGGAGUAUGAUGAGGAUACCUCGUUUUUGUGCAAAGUCUCCCUGAUACAUAUAGAUUGCAGCAAUGGCUGGUGUUAUCUUGGAUGCGACACCUGCCAAAAGUCAAUGUACGGGGCCCCAAGGAAAUACAAGUGCAGCCGAUGUGGCCCGAUUAAAAGACCAAUUCAAUGGUACAAGCUGAAGGCGAAGGUGCAAGAUGCCACCGGCACAAUGAACUUGAUGAUCUUCUGUGAGGUGGCUGAGGAGCUGGUCGGUGUCUCCGCCGAGGAGCUCGUUGAAGAGAUCGAGGAUGAUGAUGAGUGGUACACCCUGCCAGAAGAAAUCGAGGAUCUUCUUGGAUCGACCCACACUUUCCAAGUAUUUGACAAGUAUGGGAGCAGGAGCUGGUCGGUGAGGUCAAUCAUGGAUGAUGUUAGCGUCCCAGUCCCUGCUGGAACCACUGCUCAAUGCAAGGAGGAACCUGUCCGUGAGGGUAGCAUUAACAUAGCAAUACCUAGUCCAAUCACUACUCAAUGCAAGGAGGAGCCUGUCCAUGAGGGCAGCAUUAACAUGGCGAUCCCUACUCCAGUCACUGCUCAAUGCGAGGAGCCUGUCCAUGAGGGCAGCGUUGACAUGGCGAUCCCUACUCCAGUCACUGCUCAAUGCAAGGAGGAGCCUGUCCCUGGGAGCAGCGCUACCACGGCAGAAGAUAGGUCGGAGUCCACUCGGCUGCAGAAGCCUAACAAGCGUCUGCGAGGGGAUGACUGGGUCAACUAACUCAUCGGCCAUGCUAUGACUAGUUUUAGUGUAUCUAGGCUAUUGCAUCUAGGAUUAGGCAGUGGAUCCUUCUGUUCUCUUUCUUCUACCUCGGAACUGAUGGAAAAAAUAAGAGUUUCAGUUUUAAAUUAAUCCGAAGAUAAAUCAUGACCAUGA